AUGGUGAUCUUGGAUCCGAUUGCUGGGACCGGUCUCCACAGCGUCCUUCUUCGCCAGAUGGGCGUUAAGGUGUUUUGUGCAGAUUCCGUGGACGGCGGCUCCACGCAGACCAGCGGGGCGGACACGAACUACUUGAACCAGUGUAUGAGCACAGGCUCUGCAGCCCGCGCUGCUGCCGCAGCCGGUGCGGCCGCGGCGAAUGCUGCGGUGAGCGCAGCCGGCCACGCUGUGGCCUGGACUGAGAUGGAGAACCUUGAUGUGUUUGACUCGGGGGAGGCGGCCACUGAGUGGUGGCAGCGAGCAGAGGCAGGCUGUCCCAUUCUGAUGCUGUCAUUCCCGCCCCCGCCGCCGGCGGAAGUUGCAGAGGCAGCGCUGCGGCGGUUUCGCGGGUCCUGGCUGCUGUUCAUAGGGGAGUGGCGCGGUUGCACUGGUGGAUCCGGCUUCUUCGACCUGCUGGAGGCGGAGUGGCAGAAGGUGCGCGUGUUCAGCCUUCCUCAGUGGCCGAUGAUGGAGGAUCGCGUCUACCUCCUACGACGGCAAGACCCCCUUGCGGGCGGAAAAAAGACC